AUGGACGCCGUGACAUUUCCUAGGAGGUUGUUCACAGAAGGAGAAGAACCGGAUUAUGAUCGCAGUGUUGUCUACUAUAGCAAGAACACUGCACUGUGGUCUCAAAUGCACACCACACUUGAAGAUGAAUGGGAUGAGCUUGAGAAUUCUAAGCUGGGACCCCUCUUCAGGUUCACGAAGCUCGAGUUUAAUUGGGCAUCGAAGGUGGCACAGACUAUGCUCACUAUGCAAGUAGCAUGCAAGAAGAAGUAUGAGAUAUGGAGUGCCGUGGGUGUACAGCCAGUGCGAUUUUCUCUGAACGAGUUUGAACACAUCACCGGGCUUAACUGCGAGUAUAAAGAAGCGCUGACGAAGCCAGAGACUGUUAACACAGACGAGAUGAAAGAGUUCUGGCGGAAGCUUGGUGUGAAUGAGAAGCUUGGUCCGAGCGUUGACGAACUCUUAGCAGCGUGCCAGUGGGCCGGAGAGUGGAGCAGAGAGGAUAGGCUGAGACUUGGUUUUUUGGCCGUAUACGCUGGCUUCAUUGAUGCUCGCAAAAGUUCCACUCAUACACGAGUAGCACUGGCUAGUCAAGUUAUGGACUUGGAGAAGUUUGAAAACUAUCCCUGGGGGCGAGUAGCUUUCAAGACCCUCAUCAAGUCCAUAAAGAAAGCAGACGUGUCCAAGCCAUUCAGCCUCGAAGGCUUUGCUGAAGUCGUGCAAGUGUGGGCGUACUAUGCUAUGCCGAGGUUCGGAGAAGAAAACGGUGAUCCGAGGCCAAAUAAUCCUGAGCCACCGCUGCUAGCAUUCAAUGGAAUCAGAGGGAAGAGAUAUGUUAUCGGAACCAUGAAGAAGCAGGUGCUUUUCAAUCACAUGGUAAUGGUGGACAAGGCAGACGUGUACCCACGUUGGGACAAGGAAAUAGAUGACGAGAAGGUGGACAACAUCAUCAAGGCCUUGCUUGGGGAAUUUGGUGGAGGAUGGGUGUGGAAACCAGCUGACUGGGUUAGAGAAGGGAUAUCGGUUAAGAAGGCUGAUGAUGAUGAAGCGAUAAGUGUCAAAAGAGCUCGGACCUCAGAUGGUUCACCUGCGGAGGCCUCUGGUGCUGGCUGGAAAGGUCUUGAGGCGAAGAUUGAGGAGCUUUUUAAAGACUUCACCAAAAAACACUUCGAGGAGAUGAGUAAGACCCAGGAAAAGAUUCAGGUCCUCACCGCUCAAGUCGCUGUGGUAGGGAGGAUUGUCAAGAAGCUUUCGCAUCCUCAGGCUCAGGAUUCUGUGAAGUCCAGUGAGGAUACUGCGAAGUCCAAUGAGGAUUCUGCGAAGGCCAAUGAAGAGCUGGAGAAGAAGAAUGAGGAGCUGGAGAAGAAGAAUGAGGAGAAGUCCGAUGAGGAGCCGGAUAAGUCCGAUGCCGGUGAAGGGAAGACGGCUCCGCCUGGUGGAACGGAAGAUACGGAUUGCACUUGGCUCCGGACACAUAUUCCAACUGAUUCUGAGGAAGCCGAAGAGAAAAGGCAACAGGAAGAGCAGAUCAAGGCGGCUAAUGUUAUGGCAAGAGGGAAAAGUGAGAGAGUAAGGAAGCUGGCGUUUACUCAGAAAGGUGAGUUCCAAGGAAACAGCACCGCUAGAAGGAUCAUCCUAAACAACCCCCCGGAGAUACCCAAUUCCCCACCGAAAUCACUUAAGAUCAUCUCUAAACCGAGGAAAGCAGCUAAUCCGAAGAAAGCAGAUCCGAAGAAAUCACCUCCUCCGAAGAAAGCAGCUAAUCCGAAGAAAGCACCUGAACCUAAGAAAGCACCUGAACCUAAGAAAGCAACCGGUGGCAAUGAACCUCUAGGGUAUAAUCCAUUUGCUCGACCUCUCGAGGAAAGGAUAACACCAAUGCGGGCAUUCGUCUCCGGAUUACCGGGUUAUUCUGCAGCUACAGCGCUGGAGCCGGACAAGUUCGAUUACCCGGAAUGGCACUGGUGGUUUACUUUACUCACGGGGUUUCAAUGGCUAUCGGAUAGCCAUUGGGUCGCGCUGCAUGUCUCCAUACCCAAAAGGCACAUUACCAUCUACGACAGUAUGGUGGACUGGCUCGAUGAUGCGGAAAUGGACUUGUUGGUGGAACCCUAUGCGGUGAUGAUGCCGAAUCUUAUGCACUCCGCGGCUCAGGCUGAGGACAAAUGCGUCUACUUCGAUGCGAAGUACACGCACAGCCGUCCGAGUAAGGAUGUGCCGCAGCAAGUGGGGGCUGGAGAUUGUGGCGUGUUUGUCCUCAAGUUCAUCGAGUGCCUGGCAGUCGGAUAUGCCGCAUUUCCGAAGACGUUGUGUCAGAAAAACAUCACCAUGUUUAGGGAGCAGAUUGCGUCUGAUAUGUACCAUGAGAUCAACUGCCGUGGACCGGUCGAGGACCCAGAUGAUUGGGACAAUGUCGAUUUGUAUGACGAGAGAUUAUGA